CAGUCAGCCACUAGUCCGCCGGGUCUGCUGCAUGUGGAAAGACGACGUCGUCAGUCCCCGGACCUCACGCCUGGCACAACAAAGACCGAUGGAGUCUACAUUGACGUAUAACAGGGAACUGUGAUCUACCGAGACAUCGAAAAAGCCCUCCCCUGACAUGCCUGACGCCCGUGUCCUUGCGGUACCCAUGGGUGAAGAAGAGUCGUGGUGGUCAUGAUGUUCACCUGGGAAACUUUGCCUCAAACAUGCAGGCUGGUCCGCUGUGCGUGUCGGCCAUGGGUGCAAUAUGGCGGCGGGCGGGACAAACGUCGUUUGGCAGUUCCUAUGGCAACUAUUUCUACUUCAUCACGUCAUUGAUUUUCGCACAAGUCACGUCUGAAUACCGCUUCACCGUCCUGGCUCCGGACACGCACGUUGCCAUGUCAACGGAGGUGGACGUGGAAUAUUCCAUUCCAACUCAAGCCGAACUUGAGAAUGCAGUAAUAGAGGUUUACGACAUUCUGAACUCCAGUGUUGCCAGGGUCGCCCCGGUGCCUGUCGGAAUACACGACGGCCACAUGAACUUCAGCUGCGCGAUCUUCGACCACGCCGGCGGGUUCCUCUUCAAACUCCUCCUGGAGGAGGGAGGGCCCAUCCUGGUGGAGAGCGGCGCCAUGGACGUCGUGUGGCAGGACUUUUACAUCUCCGUCCCGACUUCUCACGAGGCCAUGACGGGAGAGGUGCAGGUGGGGGUUAGGACGGAGGGGGAGGUGUGCAGCGCGCGUCCCAGGAGAUUCCGCACCCAUUUUGUUGUGAAAUACUUAGGCACAAACGAUACAGUGGAUCAGAGUAUCAAACCUUCGAUUGUUGCGACACAAACAUUGGAUUUACUAUCGCAGGAAACGCACGUAACCGUCAGCUGCGAAUCUUUAGACCAAGCCGGGCUGUACAGAGUGGAGCUCAGGUCGGAGUUUAACGACUCGUUGAUCGCCUCCAGUCAGGAUUUCCCGGUGAAGUGGAGUGAAAACUACGCGCUGAGCACCGAACAGUUGGCGAUCUUCCCCUGCCAGUACGUCGUGGACGUCUCGUUCUACACACCUGCCUGUCACGGGCAUGACAGGGUGCGUCUGUACCGCCAGGGGGCGGGGCUGGCGGGGCAGGCCUCCGAUCAGCUGGAGUACGUCACGGAACAGCGGAUCAGACCGGGGAAGACGUUUGUCCAGUUCACCUGCAGCGAGUUCGACCCGAGCUUCCCGGUCUACUGCUUCAAGUACGUCAGUAUCGCCAGGAGGGGGGCCGUCACCGAGCAGGCAACCUUAUGUCUACCUUCUCAGUACUCCGCUCCAGCCAUAGAUGGUAACUGGGGGAGUUGGGAGCCCUGGAGCACCUGUCCGGUGACAUGUGGGGAGGGCCGCGUUCAGAGGUUCCGCGUGUGCAAUAACCCGCCUCCGUCGAACGGGGGCGCUUUUUGUGAAGGCGAGACGUUGGAGUCCGGUACAUGCCAGGGACUGCCGCCCUGCCCGGCAGAAGACCUCGGCACCCUCCCCCCACUGACGGUCCGGCCUGUCGCCACUGACGACUGCGCCUGCGGCUGUACCCUGCGGGAUCCGCUAGGGGGCGUGACGAGACCCCCGUACGGCGCGUGCGCCGGGGUAGUCACUUGGCUGAUCUGGGUUCUGGAGGAUUACAGGAUACGUCUGGAGUUCGAGGUGUUCGAUUUGGACGAGACACAGGAAAGGAUCAAGAUCCGUGACGGCGGAGAGGCGACGUCGCCGCUGCUGUUCAGCUCGGGGUCCGUGGACCCGCCGGCGACGCUGACGUCAUCGGGCAGCCGGCUGUACAUCGAGUUCCGCGUGCAGGCGGACCUGCAGGCCUACAGCACCCGCGGCUUCACGGCUGGAUAUUCAUCAUUCCAGCUGGUGCCCAGUACGACGGCGGUGACCACCACAGCGGCGCCGGAAGAACCCCUUACGUGGUGGCAGAAGGUGGAAAAGUUCUUCAAGCUGGAGAUCUUCCAGAACCCCGUGACUGUGGCCGGCAUCGUGCUGUGCGCACUGGUGGUCAUCGGCAGUAUCAUCGCCGUCAUCUGCACACGUAUGUGUCGGAGGCGCAAGCGCACUGCGGCGUACGCGGCCAGCAGUGCCCAGAGCGAGAUCGAGGGCGGCGGGACCCAGAGCCCGCGCAGUCUCAGUCUCAACCACAUAGAAGCGACCUCUGUCGGCGCGCAGAGUCAGCGUAGCGGCAGGGACAGGCGGGAGCACCACCUGUCCGACAUGUCCAUGUCUGACCUGUCCCACACGUCCAGACGGAAACCCAUGCAGAACGGGAAGGUCCCCACGGGGUACGCUAACCACAUCUACAGCGCGUCUGCUCCGGAGACACCACAAAGGUUCACCAACCUCGGUGACCGCCCGGCCUCGCCCGUCCAGGGGCAGUUCCCCACACCGUACCAGCUGGCGCAGGAACAGCUCAAACUCAUGAGACAGCACGGCCUGGAGCACUGCGAACAGCUUUACGACUUCAGUAUGGCUGGCCCACCAAUGGAAGCUGUUGUUCCCAGUCCUUACACUGGAGCGUUACCUAGCAACGUGCCGGGCAACGCCUACUUCCACCCGAUCCAGCAGCCGUACAGCGUACAGGAGACUACCUUCACACAGGCGGCCUCAGGGCCGGAAAACUACUCCAACAACAACGCACACGUGUACAUACUCGACCCGCGGUUUGAAAAUCAUAGUCCUACACAUUCUAACAAAGAAAAGAGGAAAUCCAGAAGCCCUAUAAGAGACUCGAAAAGUCCGAAGAACUCGCCCAACAAAAGGCAGUUGCCUGUACUGCCAAAACCGCACGGUAGAAAACUCCCCGUGACGCCCCGGCCUGCGUUUUACGCAGACCAGGAGGUACCAGCCGCGGGUUUGGCACAAGCUGCUGUUACAGCGUCAGACCCACAGUUAGCACACGAGACGAGAAGACUGAGGCGAGAAAAAAGUGAGAAAAAAUCUUUGACGCCGAACGUAUCAAGACGUGGUAAGAACAGAGUAGAGAAGUUUGUGUACCAACCCUCGCCGUACAACUCACUAGACAGGGCGAUGACUACCCGACAUUCUAAACGCAGUAGUAAGAACAGGUCGAAAGGGUCCGUGAAGAAGUCGAGAACAACUGAAAAUUUCGCAGCACAGGUGCACAGUCCCUCAGAAAUACCCUCUUCAACGGACGGGAUGCGCAGCUCACAGGAGAUAAAAAUACGCGGGCCUUCCGAGAGACGAAAGGGCCACGGUCAUAGUCAUAGGUUAGGAAGCCAAGGCAGUCUGGGGAAAGCCUCCUCAAAGACAAGUAAAGAAGAGCUUUACAGAUCAUCUCGGGAACAGUUGCCAAAAUAUCCAGGACCUAAAACGCCUGAUAGAAGAGGAAGCGAAAAAGGACAAACUUCAGAGAGAAGUUUGGAAACAGCACAGGUAGUUGAAAGACGGGAGUCAUCGCCUGAACACAAGAAAACCACAUCUAACCCGCCUGAUCAGAGGAAAAGUUUGUCACCUGACAGAAAGAGUCCUCAAAAAUCCCUGGACUUAAGAAAACUGGGUAACGAGCACUCGCUGUACGAACAGCUUGGUCUGAACGACAAGAAGCCGAAAACGGGGCGGAGACUUGCCCACUACGCCGCGCAGUCCGAGGACAGUAGGUCCCAGUUCAGUAGCGAAGGAUCGUCGGCCUACGCCAUGACCAUGACACAGAAACUCUUUCACUUCGACGAUUCCGAGCGGGAUCAGUACAGAACUUCCAUCGGUCCCGUCGGGGAAACCGUCUUCGAGGAUUUGCGGAGAAGCGCAGACCUCGAUGACGUAGUGACCCCGAACGGACACGUCAUAUCCAGCCCCACUACUGAUGACGCGAUAUCUCCUACUAGUCCUAGCAACGGUGACGUCAUCUCCAAUCACUCUAGGAGACAACUUCCGAGAACGCCGUCACUAGAGGGGAGGAAGACCCCCCACGAUCAGGUGUUUGUGGACAAGACCCCUGACCCGGAAUAUGACUACUACAUGCCCGACCUGCCCGGGUCCUUCCUAAAGAUGGACCAAACGUACAUCGGGCGCCCCAAACCCAUCACAACAAACCAGACCGAGCUGAAAAAUAUCCAGGUUCAGUUGGAGAGCUGUCCGCCUGAUGCCGUACGCAUGUAG